GGUCACUCCACUGAAGAAGCUUGAGAGGUGCUCGAGGAGAGCGGGUUCAACGUCCUGGACAUCACGGAGAUCGGGGUGGGCGUGCUGUGCACCUGCUCCGGCGGCGCGUCCAUCCCGAGCCCCAGGGCCGCCGGCGACGCGGCGACGGCGGCGACUUUCUUGCCCCACCCGGACACCCUCUCGGAGGAUACCCUCAUCGCGGAGGAGGAAGCGCACUCCUUGAACCACUACGGCGACAGCUUCACGCAGUACUUCUACCGCGAGCUCUGGGGCGGGCUCCACCAGCACCUGGGCUUGUACGAGGACCCCGCGACGAUCGCCCUGCCCGCCAACAAGAGGGUGGUCGAGGCGUGCGAAAACAGCACCGUCGUCCUCUUCUCCAUCGCCAAGCCCACCAUGGGCACCAAGGCCGUCGAGCUCGGCUCCGGGUACGGCUCGGGCUCGCGGUACCUCGCGGUCAACUUCGGGGCGACGGUGGACUGCAUCGACCUCAACCGCGAGUCCAACGACCUCAACCGCCGCCUCACGGAACAGGCUGGCCUGUCCGACCUGGUCAGGGUCGGGGAGCCGGCCACCUACUUCAGCACCGGCUUGCCGGCGGCGUCGUUCGGCUUCUGCUUCUCACAGGACGCGCUGUGCCACGCGGGGAGGCAGACGUCGAAGGCGCUUGAGGAGGCGGCUCGUCUGCUUGCCCCCGGGGGCGUUUUCGCCUGCACCAACAUCCUCAGGGCGGAGGAGGCUACGAACGAGGAGCUGGAGGAGGUGCUCGCGCGUCUGCAGGUGACCUCCCUGGAGACGCACAAGUCCUUCGUGGGGCACGCGCGCUCGGCCGGGCUGGAGCCUCUCGAGUCGCUCGACAAGACCACGUCCAUGGCCGUGCAUUUCAAGACUCUCCUGGAGGUUGCGGAAACGCGCAAGGCUGACAUGCUGAAGCACACCUCUCCGGAGUACGUGGACGAGCUCGCGAAGGAUCUUCGCAACUGGCUCUCAGCCUCGAACAGGGGUGUGCUCAGGUGGUCCUUCUUCACCUUCCGCAAGAGCGCCACCCGGAAGUGAUGCAAGCCAAUCUGGCUGAUGCUACCAACUUGAGGCUUCGCGCUCAAGGACUUCACGGCCCUGUUGCAUGCACGCGUGAAAGGAGCAUGCGGAUAACGUGCGGUUUUUUACAGGAACAAACGUUGCGUGGGCAAUGGCUUUGGUCUGGGCUUGCAGUAGUUUUGGCUUGGCUGGACCAGAGUGUUCACGCAGGCGACUAAAAUUGCUGUACUACAGCCGGGGACCGGAACAGGUGGUCGGCGCGAAAAAAAUUGCUUGAAGAGGGAAUUAAGUUUGUUGGAACUCUUGUCACUUUGACAACAGCAGCAGAUUGGGCGGACAUGAGAGCAACUCUAUUUUUGAUAGAUCCGAGAAAAAAUGCGAGUGAAGCCUGUGUCCAUGUCUGGUCCUCGGGGGUCAAAUUUUGAAGGAGGGCCCCUGGCGACUCGGUUGGAAAACUAAACUUUUACGAAAUAGAGGAUGAUUUUUUGCGAGGAGUUACGAUCGAUCCUGUCUCUUAUUAAAGUUCUUGCGAAAAAUGUUGCUUGCAUGCGUGUGCGUGGACUGCUGUGGGCAGGGGCGUCUCGUACGUACCACGCGUCGGCAGCUAGCUACUGGUAGCGUGCCUUUCUGCUCUGUACCGUGGAAUGGAGUGGAGAAUCAUACGGAGGCACUGUUUUUUUUUUAUAUACAUGACCUUCCGCGUUGCUUUAGCCUGUGGUGGGUUGAACCCACGUUCUCCCUUGGCGACCGGCAGGUGAUGCUGCGGUUGCGGGUAGUUGUGGCUGAAUACAGGAAUUUCAGGGGCGGGGGAAUUAGGGACGGGAGAGAGAAUUCAGACUUGUGGAAUAGAGACCACUAGAGAAGAAAAUCAAGAGUAGGGGCAGAGCCCGUGAUAGUGUUGAGCCAGGUUGUUCGUGAAAAGUCUGUCCUUUUGUAGUGGUAAACGCCGUAUGUUUUUGUUUUUGUUUUUUCCUACAUAGCAGUGGACGGGGCGCUGUGGUUAUGAGCGAGGGACGCUACAAAGAGGUGGGGCAAUGCGUUGGACCGGUUUAUUGCAAGCAUUGCCACUGUCAGGAAGGUCGCAACGAUUGUUCAAGAGAACAAAAGGCAGGAGGGAAACUGGUUGUAGAUGUUGGGGUCCAUGAACAAGCCGUGUUGUAUGUUUCACACAAGGAUGAGCUCUUUUUCAGGAGAUGAGGGAUGUUGGGGUGUAUCGUGACAAUAAGGACUGGGCUCGCGGAGUUGAAAUGCACGGCUGUGGCUGUCGGGAAGCGUGAGGUAGCGUGAUCAAUAGAAAAGGAGGCCUGAGGGAGUUCGGCUCUUGUAGGAGAUUGGUGUACAUGUGUGUUUGGGUCUCUUGAACAACCAAUGUUGUACGAACAGACAUUUGCUGGUGAUGAUCCGGCGUUUGUGGGUGCGCAAUGAAGCAAGCACCAAAGAGACGAGCCUGCUUGUAAAUUGUAGGGAGACGAGACAAGAUAUCGGGAGGCGUGUAUGCUACGAAGUAUGUUUGAACGAAUGUGUGGAGCGACGCGCGGAGUCGAAUGCAUGGCUGUGCAAGCACGGCAUACAAACAUGUAGGUGAUACUAGCGAGGAAGGCGUGGUUUGGUUGGUGGCCGAGAGCGGCAAGCAGGCCUGUUGUUGUGUUGACGUUUUUUGUAAGUGAGGUGGAAAUUGCGCUGACAACAUGUACCUGUCGUCGUCGUUGUUUGUGCCAAGUACAUGUUUGUCGCUAAAGCCUCUUAUCAUGUAUUCAGAAACAGGGCACCGUCGCCCGUCCACCCGUUGAGAUGGAGGCGCGGUGCAGCGACAAUCUCGGCAUAAUUUUUCAAGCAGGUGUAGAUCUUUGUCGGUGUCGCGCAGUCUCGGGCGGGUUGAGAUGUCACCACUGGUCCGACGGCGAUUCGCACGAGAGAGGCAAGGGGCGGGUGGGACUUUUCCAAGGCAGAGAACGAUGAUGCCAAGUGAGGGGAGCGGGAUGAGGAACCGCGUGUGCGUGUGUGCGACCAUGUUCCCGACGAAGGAAGGAGGCAAGUACCAUGGCGGAAAAAACAGCCUAGAAGGAGGGGCGCUUGGCUAGAGACCGGGUGGGCAUCCCCCACGCCUUCGAGCCAGGCGAAAGGGUCAUCAAGCGUCUUGGUAGGUAAGUUUGAACGAACAGCUGACCAGAAGUGGCAUCGACUUGAGAAACGAGCAUAUGGUGUCACAUGCUCUUGCACUUGGUGCGCACGCUACUUUAGUCCUUGAAGUUGCGUGAACCAGAAAUAUGAGGCAUUGGAUAAGAGGUAGUCUAGGCGACACACGCACGGUGUCCAUGGUGUUUACUCGCGUAGGGUACGUUUCUUUUAUGUUGUUACUUGUAUUCCGUGUUUGUUUACAAAUGGCAAGCGUUGAACGUUGAAUGUCAGCACGUGUAGCCGGGUUGAGGCGGGGCGAUACUUGCUGCAGAACCGCCACUAAACGGUGGCGUGAUGCACAUCCAGCGCGUUCCCGAAGGCAGGCAGGCACGUUUUGAUACAUUCAUGCGUCCUUUGAUUCUACUAGUCGCGAAUAAUACAAAUAGAGCGCUGUGCCGAGGGGGGAUGGACUGUACGCAGCAAUCUUUGUGGUCGAUGACGAUCAAUACCUGCAGAUGACGGGGUAAGGAGGAAGCAAAAAGUAGGGUUCUGUCGACAAAUGAAUAAACUCCGUCAAACGAAGAAAUAGGAGUGUGUACUA